UCCUCUCCUCCCAGCGCUGCAGCUAGAGGGCAUCCAUUGGCUGUCCUGAUCGCCCGCCCCAUCCCAUCCCAUCCGGCUCCCGAUUGGCCGAGCCGAGCCGUCUCCCCUUCCCGUAGGAGGCUGCGCCGAUCCACACCGCCCCCAAAUUUAAAGGGGAUUAGCACCCCCUCCUCCCCUCCCCCCACGGGAGAGCCGGACCGCGGGACGGGCCGCGCAGGGACAGACAGACCUGGAGGGAGAGACUCGCUGCAAAGGCCCCGGCAAUGGCCACGUUCACCCACCGGGAGUUCUACCAGCAGCUGCUGCAGGGCUGCAUGAUCCCCACUGCCCAGCAGGGGCUGGAGCAGAUCUGGCUGUUGCUGCUUAUCUGCCUGGCAUGCCGGCUGCUCUGGAGGCUGCCUCUGCCCGGCUAUGCCAAGCACCUCAGCACGGUGGUGGGGGGGUUCUACGCCCUCCACCACUUCUUCCAGCUGCAGAUGGUCUGGGUGGUGCUGCUCAGCCUGCUUUGCUAUCUGGUGCUCUUCCUGUGCCGGCACUCGGCCCACCGUGGGGUCUUCCUCUCCAUCACCAUCCUCAUCUACCUCCUCAUGGGGGAGAUGCACAUGGUGGAUACCGUGACCUGGCAUAAAAUGAGAGGGGCCCAGAUGAUUGUGGCGAUGAAGGCCGUGUCCCUGGGCUUCGACCUGGACCGAGGGGAGCUCUUGGCCGUCCCCUCCCCCGUGGAGUUCAUGGGCUACAUCUACUUUGUGGGCACGGCCAUCUUCGGGCCCUGGAGCCGCUUCCACAGCUAUCUCCAGGCAGUGGAGAGCCGGGCCCUGAGCCUCCCCUGGCUGCGGAAGGUGUCCCGGAGCCUCCUCCUCUCCGUCAUCUGCCUCCUCGUCUCCACCUGCGUCGCCCCCUACCUGUUCUCCUACUUCAUCCCGCUCUACGGCUACCGGCAGCUCAGGAAGAAGAAGCGGAAGGCCAGGUGGCUCCGGGCCUACGAGAGCGCCAUCUCCUUCCACUUCAGCAGCUACUUUGUGGGAUUCCUCUCCGAGGCCACUGCCACAUUGGCUGGGGCAGGAUUCACUGAGGAGAAGGACAACCUCAAAUGGGACCUGACGGUGUCCCGACCCUUGAAUGUGGAGCUGCCCCGGUCGAUGGUGGAAGUCGUCACCAGCUGGAACCUGCCCAUGUCCAGUUGGCUCAACUCCUAUGUCUUUAAGAACAGCCUGCAACUAGGGACUUUCUCCGCUGUCAUUGUCACGUACGCCGCCAGCGCCCUCCUUCAUGGACUCAGCUUCCACCUGGCUGCCGUGCUGCUGUCUCUGGGAUUCAUCACCUACGUGGAGCAUGUCCUCCGGAAGCGCCUCUCUGUCAUCUUUGAUGCCUGCCUCCUCUCCAAGCGCUGCCCGCCUGGCUGUCCCCACCGCCAUAACACGAAUCUCUGGGUUCGGCUGCUGAACCUACUCUUCGGCGCGCUGGCUGUCUUCCACCUGGCCUACUUGGGCUCGCUCUUUGACAUCGACGCUGACGACACCGUAGAGGAGCAGGGCUACGGCAUGUCCUACACCAUCUAUAAGUGGUCGGAGCUGAGCUGGGCCAGCCACUGGGUCACCUUCGGCUGCUGGGUCUUCUACCGCCUCAUCGGCUGAGCUGGACUGGGACACAGAGACACCGGGAGGUGUGGGGGUGUCCUGGUGUGAUCCGGCUGUACCUCCCCCAGCCCCUACUGAGACCAUCGGACACAACCUCAAGAGCUGGCAGCUUCAGCUGGGGCAUCUGGCACCAGGGCAUGGGCAGGAGGGGAUGGGCAUCAGGGACUGGGUGGGGGGCUAGCAGCUCCAUGGGGAAUCACAGUCCCUGUCCCCUGACCACUGGCCAGCCAUUAACCCCUCCCUGCCUUGAAGUGAACUGGACAGCCAAGAACUCUGAGGGAUCUGGAUCCCAUCACUGCCACCAUCUUAUAGGUGCAGAGAGAGGGAACAGACACCAUAGAGAGUGACCUCUAUCUGUGCAUUUCCCCCACGGAAAUAAUAUGACCUGGUCCUCUCUAGGAACUGGAGGACUGAGAUCUCUAUAGUUGAUUCAGUCCCCACGGCUCCUCCUGUGUUAUAUUAGUGGAGAGAACAGACACCGUAGAGAGUGACCUCUAUUAGUGCAUCCCCCCCACCUAUGUAACAUGUCCUGGUCCUCUCUAGGAACUGGGGAGGACCGAGAUUUCUAUGGUCAGUUUGGAUCCCACCGCUCCCACCAUGUUGUAGGAGCGGAGUGAGAGAACAAACACCAUGGAAAAUGACCUCUAUCACUGCAUCUGUUGCCCUGUCUGCCACACACACUCCGUUCACCGUGCCCUGGUCCUCUCGAGGAAUCGGAGGACUGAGAUCUCUAUGGUUGAUUCCGAUCCCACCCUGUUGUAGGGGCAGAGAGAAAAGACACACCCCGGCCCCCGCCCAGAACUGCUCCCCAUGCAACGUCCCCUCUAGGACCUGCAAGACCAAGAACUCUGUGAGUUUAUAUGGCCCAAGUUACAGCUGCUACCCCCAUCCCUCCCCACACCGACCCCCAAACCUGCCAAGGGUCGGGGGACAGGAAAGUACUGUACUUAGUUUAGAAAAAGGGAUUUUUUUAAAAGAAAACCCCCAAGUAUUGGAUUUGUUACCUGUAAAAUAAAUAAUAAAAACAGUGUAGACACAGAA